AUGGGGAUCUCACUGAUCUGAGGAACCAUAUGGACAGAGGGGUUGGACUUCGCUUGCCUUUUUCUGGACUUGCAGAAUGAUUUCUGAUCUGGGUGAUUUCUGAAGAUCAGCAGCUGAUCCAAAACAAAAGCUGAGGGAGAGAAGUAAGAGGCCAGGGCUUGUGCCAGUCAGGCUGGGACAGAACAGCAGGGACAAAACAGACAAAAAGUGAGUAUGGUGUUGCUGUGUCUGUUUCACUUACCUUUCAAAAUACCAGUACGGCUCCAUGGAUCAUUGACAACCACUUUCCCAGUCCAAUUGCUGUGCAACAAGUCCUGAAAUACAACAUUACUGACACUGACAGUUUAAAAGCCAGAGAAGUUUACUGUGAACUUCACAAGUGUUUUGUCCCACCCCCUUUACCCCUAAACCAAGCCCCUUUUGUUCACUAUUAAGCUGUGAAAUAUUCCCCCUGGUUAUUGUGGGUGACCCUGCUUCACUCUGAACAUCUGGCCUUGUGCCUGCUCCUCUCCUCUGUGGCCCUGGGUGAUCGGACAGGUGGGUGGCCCACUGACGCCCUCUGCACCCCAAGGGUGAGCGGGGCACAGCAAAAUGGCUGCCCUUGCCAGCUCGCUAAUCCGACAGCGCAGAGAAGUCAAGGACCCCCAGGCCAACCGGCAGGUCUCCAACAAACGUAAGCCCUGCCCCAAGAGCAACAAGUCGCUCUGCCAGAAACAGAUCCUCAUCCUCAUCUCCAAAGUCCGGCUUUGUGGCAGCCGAGGGAGAAAGUUGGAGAAAAGACCCGAGCCUCAGUUGAAAGGUAUCAUCACACGUCUGUACUGUCGACAUGGCUUCUACCUGCAGAUGUUACCCGACGGCACCCUUGACGGCACAAAGGACGAAAGCAGCUCCUUUUUGCUGUUCAACUUGAUUCCUGUGGGUCUGAGGAUAGUGGCCAUCCAAAGCACCAAGACUGGUCUCUACAUUGGUAUGAACAGCGAAGGCUACCUCUACACUUCGGAACAUUUCACGCCGGAGUGCAAGUUUAAGGAGUGUGUGUUUGAGAACUAUUAUGUGACGUACUCGUCAAUCUUGUACCGUCAAACACAGUCGGGUCGGGCCUGGUACAUAGGCAUUAACCGAGAUGGACAGGUCAUGAAAGGGAACCGGGUUAAAAAGACAAAAGGUGCAGCCCACUUCUUGCCCAAACUCAUAGAAGUCGCAAUGUACAGGGAGCCAUCUCUGCAUGAUGUUGUUGAACAAAGCCCGCCUAGAAAAACGGCCAAAACUUCAGACUCACCUGUCCAUAAAAACAGCAAGAAAGACCUGCUGUCUCUACCUGCGGCAUCCUAGCAACAGGAAAAGGAAAGCUUGGCUUGCACAGACAUGCACCAACAAAGGCACAAGGGGUUCGAUACAAAUAAAGUUUGUAGUCUUUCCGCUGAUCCUCAGAACAAUGAUAUUUCCAACAAUGCAUCAGGGCUCAAAAGACACUUGUUGACUAGUGUAAUGCCGCACUUAACAGUCGCACUUCCUGUCGGUCUCGCCCAUAUCGAGGGAAUACUGAGCAAUAAUAAUUGUAAUAGUCUGAGGUCCGAGUCUUCUCAAGCACUCUCACUGUCUAUGCCCAUUUCGUGACUACAGCUACACCUGAAAGAUCUGUGUCUUCCUAUUUUUUUAAAGUCUUUAAUGUAACAAGAAACACUUCCUCCUAAUGAAGCAAUUUGUGAUUGAUAGUUAAACCACUCCCUCCCUUUGUUCAGACAUUCACAGAUCCCCCAUAUUUGCAUUUUUCUUUCAGAAGCACCUGUUGGCUCUAAUCCUGUUUGUCACCUCAGCACCUCCAAGAUCCCCUGGCAUCUCUAAGCCCUGUUUGUAAUCUUGUGCCGUUCUCCACAUCCUCUGCACUUUUAUUAGCUUGAGACACAGGGCCAUUUUCCACUUCACAGCACAGGAAAAGCCCAGCACACACUCUCUAGGACCAUUAAGGAUGCUGCCACAUACACACUCACCCAAACCAAAUAACUAAAUAAAUAAAACUUCCCCUCCUCUAAGGAUGAUGAUGUUUAGAGUCAUUCGACCUUAGGCAGUGAAAACCUCUUUCUCUGCUCAUCGUCUGCAUAGGGCCAAAAUUUGUGUGUGCGUUUAUGUGCAUGUAUGUGUGUGUGGUGAACAGCAAUGCACUAUAAUUUGUAAGAUGACUCAUAACAGAGGGAGCAGGGCUGCAAUAUUGCUUCUUUUGGUUGAGAUAAGUUGUUGUUUUCCUCAUUGCAAUAUGCCCAGAAAGCAAUAUUGGUAUAGUUGCACACUUUCUCCUCUCUUUUUAGCAUGUGUGUUAUUUUAGAGCAGGGUUUCUCAAAGUAGAUAUGCUGACUAUUGGGACUGCAAGAUUUCCAAAGUUCAUGUCCCUACAUUCAAUUUAAUUAGAUCACAUUUGCCUGAGGGCAAAGGCACUUCACCCAGCCAAAUAAAAAAAAAAAAGAAAGUGCUGAAAAGGUCCAAUUCUUGUUCAUUUUCCACUGAUAAAACUGGGGAAUAGGACCCAGAGGAGCUCACUGGGAAUCAUUUUGAGAGGCCGCUCUAAUAUUUUGUUUUUAUAAAAUUUUAUGGUAUUUUAG